GGCCGGCGCGCGCGGCUUCGAGAGGUCGCGCGGAACCGGGACCCCAUGGCUGGUCGGCUGCUAAAAGUGUCCUCUGUAGCCACGGCCGUGUUCGCCUCCUCCGGGUUCUACCUCUACGGCAAGCAUGUGGACCUCAGCAACAUCAGCAUCAUCAGAUUUGGCAGAGCCGCGUUAACGACUGCAGUAAUCAGUUAUGACUACAUCACAUCACUCCAAAGCGUUCAAUAUGGAUCAGAGGAGUACUGGGCUCUUAAAUCCAAGGUGCACCGCCGCUCAGCCGAGCGCCUUCGAGACCUGUGCUGUUCAAACCGGGGCACCUUCAUCAAGGUGGGACAGCACCUGGGCGCCCUGGACUACCUUCUGCCGGAGGAGUACACGAGCACUUUGAAGGUCCUGCACAGUCGUGCACCGCAGAGCUCCAUGGCUGAAGUCCAGCAAGUCAUCCGAGAGGACUUCGGCAAGGAGAUUGAGCAGCUGUUUGUCAGCUUUGAAGAAACUCCCCAAGGGGCAGCAUCACUAGCCCAGGUCCACAAGGCGGUACUGUCUGAUGGGAGGACGGUGGCGGUUAAAGUGCAACACCCGAAAGUGCAGUCGCAGAGCUCCCGGGACAUCAUGGUCAUGGAGUUCCUUCUCCAGGCUGUACACUGGGUCUUCCCAGACUUCUCCUUCAUGUGGCUGGUGGAGGAAGCCAAGAAGAACAUGCCGCUGGAGCUGGACUUCCUGAAUGAAGGGCGCAAUGCUGAGAAGGUGGCAGAGAUGCUGAAGGACUUUGACUUCUUGAAGGUUCCUAAGAUCCACUGGGAUCUGUCGACCAAGCGCAUUCUGACCAUGGACUUUGUGGAGGGAGGGCAGGUCAACGACAGAGACUACAUGAAGCGACAUGGCAUCAACGUGAACGAGAUAUCCAGGAACCUGGGGAAGAUGUACAGUGAGAUGAUAUUCGUUCAUGGCUUUGUGCACUGCGACCCCCACCCUGGCAACGUGCUGGUCCGGAAGAGCCCGAGAGGCAAUAAGGCUGAAAUUGUGUUGCUCGAUCAUGGCCUAUAUCAGGUCCUGAACCAGGACUUCCGUCUGGACUACUGUCGGCUGUGGCAGGCCCUGAUGAAGGCAGACAUGAAGGGUGUGGAGAGGUACAGCCGGCGCCUGGGGGCCGGGGACAUGUUCCCUCUGUUUGCCUGCGUGCUCACGGCCCGCUCUUGGGCUUCCGUCAACGCUGGCAUCAGCCAGACUCCCGUCACCAACUCGGAGGAUGUAGAGAUCCGGACCAACGCCGCCCUCUAUCUUCCCCAAAUCAGCGAUCUCUUGAACAAGGUUCCCCGGCAGAUGCUGCUCCUUCUUAAGACCAAUGAUUUGCUGCGUGGCAUUGAGACAACGCUGCAGACACGGGCCAAUGCCAGCUCCUUUCUCAACAUGUCCCGCUGCUGUGUGCGUGCUGUUGCCAGGCACAAGAGGAAGAAGGCCCGGUCUUGGUCGCAGAAGCUGCAGGUCACCCUGUCAGAGGGCUUCAUGUUAUGGCAGAUCAACAUAUAUGAGUUCUUCCUGCGGGUGAAGGCGUCAGCGUUUGGCAGCUGGUUCCUAAGCAUAGUGAACUACUUUCACUACACGCACUGAGCCUCAGUCCUGGCUGCUUGUAGCGGCUCCCUCCUUUGAACUGACCAGUAUAUUAUGUUCUGGGGUAGUGACAGGACCAGCUGUUGCCACAGAUUGAAGGAGGCUCACACCGGUUAAUUCAUGAAGACCCGUCCUUCCCUGGGUGCUUCAUGUUGGCUGAGGUACUCAAUGAUGGAUGCACAGGGAUGUGGCAUGUUCUCUCCAUAGCUACAGUGCACAACGUUCAAAGGUCAAGAGCUUUCUUUGGCCACCUUUUUUUUUUUUUUUUGUCAGGUGGGAUUUUUAGGCUUUUCUUGACACAACAUUAGUACCUUCUGGAGAGGUGGAUUUGAAGUAUAGGAGAACCACUGCUGGUUUACAGUUUACUGCUAAUCACAGGAAGCAUGCAAGGUACUGUGCAUUCACUUCUCAUUUGUGAAAUACUCACUGCUGCGUUUGGAGUAAGCAAGCAGUGAUGAGGUUACCGCAAAAUCUCUGACGGCAGUAUUUGGUAUUAAUGGGUUUUCACAGAAAUUAUACUUCAUUUGCACUCAUUUGCCACUGUACUGUGUUUUUAUCUGUCCUUUGAAUUUAUCAGUGUUA